AUGUACUCCAAAGUCCUGAUCGCUACCGUGUUAAUAGCAGCGUGUCACGCUGGUAUCAUAGUGGACGACCCUCACAGUCACGCGGUGUCGACGCAGUCCAUAAUACGGAACAACGAGCCCUCACACCAAGUGACUGCACACCACUUCACUCCCGUCGUGCAACAUACCCCGACUUUAGUACAACCGACUCUGGUUCAACAGUCGAUUCCAUUAGUACAUGCGCCGGUACACCACGUCACUCCUUUGGUCCACCAUGUUUCUCCUGUGGUGCAACACUUGUCGCCGGUAGUUCAACACGUGGGCUCACCUGUCGCUAGCCCCUUAGUACAACACGUCUCGCCUGUGGUCUCUGUCGACCGGGAACAAAGAGCCGAGAAUUAUCCCCCAGCUAAAUAUGAGUUCUCAUAUACUGUGGAGGAUCCUGUAACUGGUGACCAUAAGUCACAACACGAGAGCCGUGAAGGCGACGUAGUGAAAGGCGAAUAUUCUUUGCUGCAACCUGAUGGCUCUAUCAGAAGGGUGGAAUAUACCGCGGAUGACCAAAGCGGUUUCAACGCCGUGGUGCAUAAUUCUGCGUCGACCGUGCACGCCACUGCUGCUCCGGAGUUGCACGCGGCAUCUGCGGUACCAUACAUCACUACUCACCAAUAA